GCAAACGCCCUUUCAAAUGUACUAUCUCUCCGGCCCCAAGAGUUCACUGUUCAUCCAGGUGCCUUCUAGUCUAGUCUCAAUGAGGAAAAUGAGCAGUUGGUACUGGCUCAGGGGCAGGGCAGAGGCCAUGAAUCUGAAAGUAGUCCCUAGGUCCAAACCACAGAACAGAAAAUUGGAACAGAAUUAUACACAUGAAGGUCAGACAUUUCCUGUCCGGCCCACAGGGUGGGGUUUUCUCCAUCCCUAGCCAUCCUGAAUAUAAAACCUGAUUGGAUGUCAGUAACGAGAAGGAGCCGCGGGUUUCGGUGUCCUGCAUCCACUAUGAAUCUCAAGGUAGUCCUGGUAUUCUUGGCCCUGUCCCUUAUCACCAUCUUUGCCUUGACCUACGUCUUGCUGACCAGUCAAGGAGGCAAUUCCAGCCAACCUCUUCGCUGCCCUGCCACAUCUCCCAGUGCCCGACCCUGGACACACCCUGGCCCGAGCCAGCUGUUUGCAGACCUGAGCCCCGAGGAGCUGGCGGCUGUGGUGAGCUUCCUGACCCGGCGCUUGGGCCCGGGCCUGGUGGAUGCAGCCCAGGCUCUGCCCUCAGACAAUUGCAUCUUCUCCGUGGAGCUGCAGCUGCCCUCCAAGGCGGCCGCACUGGCCCACCUGGACCGGGGAAGUCCCCCACCUGCUCGGGAGGCGUUGGCCAUCGUCUUCUUUGGGGCCCAGCCUCAGCCUAACGUGAGUGAGCUGGUGGUGGGACCGCUGCCCCGACCCUCAUAUAUGCGGGAUGUGACUGUGGAGCGUCACGGGGGCCCCCUGCCCUAUCACCGCCGCCCCGUGAUGAGUGUCGAGAUUGCCCAGAUGUGGAAGUAUUUGAAGGAGGUGGAGCUCCCCAAGGCACCAAGUUUCCUGGCUUCGGUCUUCACCUACAAUGGCUCAACUUUGGCACCUGUCCUCGCCACCCCUCAUGGCUUGCGCCCAGGGGACCGUGCCACCUGGAUAGCCCUCUGUCAUAAUGUCUCAGGGGUGGGUUUCUUCCUUCAUCCAGUGGGACUGGAGCUGCUGCUGGACCAUAGUGCCUUGGACCCUGCCCGCUGGGGUGUCCAGCAAGUCUUCUACCUCGGGCACUACUAUGCAGACUUGGGCCAGCUGGAAUGGGAGUUUAAGGCUGGACAGCUGCAAGUCAUUAAAGUUCCUCUGCCGCUGCCAAAUGGACCCUCAUCCCUGAGGCCCCGGGUACCCCCAGGUCCUCUUCCUCCUCUUCAGUUGUCACCCCAGGGCCCCCAGUACAGUGUCCAAGGGAACCUGGUGGUGUCUCCGCUUUGGACUUUCAGCUUUGGCCAUGGGGUGUUCAGUGGCAUGCGGAUUUUUGAUGUUCGGUUCCAGGGCGAGCGAGUGGCCUAUGAAGUCAGUGUCCAAGAGUGUGUUUCUGUCUAUGGCGCUGAUUCCCCGAAGACCAUGAUGAUCCGUUACCUGGACAGCACCUACGGACUCGGCCUCAACAGCCGGGGCUUGGUGCGGGGGGUGGACUGCCCCUAUCAGUCUACGAUGGUGGACAUCCACGUCUUGGUGGGACAAGGGGCAGUCCAGCGGCAGCCGGGAGCUGUGUGUGUGUUUGAGGAAGCCCAGGGACUGCCCCUUCGCAGGCACCACAACUACCUUCAGUCUCAUUUCUAUGGUGGUUUGGCCAGCUCGGCCCUGGUAGUCAGAUCUGUAUCCUCAGUGGGCAACUACGACUACAUUUGGGACUUCUUGUUGUACCCCAACGGGGCACUGGAAGGGCGGGUCCACGCCACAGGCUAUAUCAGCACCGCGUUCCUGCACCAGGAGGAAAGCCUCCUCUUCGGAAACCGAGUGGGGGAGCGAGUGCUGGGGGCUGUGCACACACACGCCUUCCACUUCAAGCUGGACCUGGAUGUGGCAGGGCUGAAAAACUGGCUGGUAGCUGAAGACGUGGUGUUUAAGCCUGUGGCAGCCCCUUGGAGCCCACAACACCAGCUGCAUCGGCCCCAGCUGACCCGGCAGGUGCUGGGAAGGGAGGACCUGGCGGCCUUUCCCCAGGGCAGCCCUCUUCCCCGCUACCUUUACCUGGCUAGCAACCAGACUAACGCCUGGGGUCACCAGCGCGGGUACCGGAUCCAGAUCCACAGCCCCCUGGGCGUGCACUUGCCCCUGGACAGUGGCAUGGAGAAGGCCCUCAGCUGGGGGAGGUACCAGCUGGCAGUGACACGAAGGAAGGACACGGAGGCCUGGAGCAGCAGCGUCUAUUACCAGAGUGACAUCUGGACGCCCACGAGGCCUUUCGCUGACUUCAUCAACAAUGAAACCCUCCUAGGAGAGGACCUGGUGGCCUGGGUGACUGCCAGCUUGCUGCACAUCCCUCAGGCAGAGGAUGUGCCCAACACGGUGACCCUGGGGAACAGAGUGGGCUUCUUGCUCCGCCCCUAUAACUUCUUCAAUGAGGACCUAUCCAUUUUCUCCCCCGGCAAUGUCUACUUUGAGAAGGACCAGGAUGCUGGGCUGUGCAGUAUCAAUCCCGUGGCCUGCGUCCCCCACCUGGCGGCCUGUGUCCCCGACCUGCCCCCCUUCUCUUACCAGGGAUUUUAGCCUGAGAGUGUGGUGGAACUUCGGGGGAGUGGGAGACACCUCCCCUGUGCCCACUCUCCUCCCUUGCAAUGUUUCAGUGUUUCUCAUGAGAUGCUGACACACUCCCCACCCCCACACAGAGCCUCAGGCAUCCCUUGGGCUCCUUCAGGUCUCCAGAAGCAGCACGUUUAUGCCAACGAUGACAUAACUCCUCAAGCAAAAUCCCCGUGAAUCCUACUAUGCAGAAGGAGCUAGCGUUCACGUUUGUUAGCGCUGACCCCUCGCUUUGUGGUUUCCGAUGGAAGGAGAGA